UGAGAACGCUCCCGAGACUGGUGGAUCUGUCCCUCCUCUGGAGAAAGGAUGCGGGCACCCGAUCUAAGGUGCAGAAUCAAGGGUCCGGCUGUCUGAGAGCGCUAAGAAGCAGAAGCCUCCUAGGUGUUGGUGGCAGGCAGGGUCACCAGGCUUGGGGAUCCGGAGGCCUGGCGGAGAGAUAUACCAAGGGCAGCAGCGGGGAAUCAGAAGGCGAGCGAGGAAGCCGCCGAGACUCAGAGAACUCAGGAGCGCUGUUGGGACCUGUGAGGGGUCGGAUGUAAGGGGCUGGCUGGGACGACCCUAGCCCAGAGUUCCCUUCUGGUCUACAGAGACGUCCUCUGGACUCGGCGAAGAAAGGAGUGAGUUGAGUGGCUUUCCAGCCUCAGCGGUGCGGAAGUGCAGCAAUGACGGAAGAACCAGAGCGGCCUGUACGGCCUCGAACUCAGGGUAGGGUCCUGUUCCUGGUCAUCUUUGCAGCUGGCAUUGGUGGAACUUUUCAGUUUGGCUACAACCUUUCCAUUAUCAAUGCUCCAACCUUGCAUAUUCAGAAAUUCACCAAUGAAACAUGGCAAGCACGCACUGGAAAACCACUGCCUGACCACAUGGUUCUGCUUCUAUGGUCCCUCAUUGUGUCUAUUUUCCCCAUGGGGGGACUUUUUGGAGCCCUGCUUGCAGGACCCAUGGCCAUUAAGCUGGGAAGGAAGAAGUCGCUCCUGGUGAAUAACAUCUUUGUGGUGGCUGCAGCGUUAUUAUUUGGCUUCAGCCACAAAGCAGGCUCCUUUGAGAUGAUCAUGCUGGGAAGACUGCUCAUGGGAGUCAGUGCAGGGGUGAGCAUGAACGUUCAGCCUAUGUACCUGGGGGAGAGUGCUCCCAGUGAACUCCGAGGAGCAGUGGCCAUGACCUCAGCCAUCUUCACAGCCCUGGGGAUCGUGAUGGGACAGGUGGUCGGAUUGAGGGAGCUGAUGGGUGGCCCACAGGUAUGGUCCCUUCUGCUGGCCAGUUGCCUGGUGCCUGGGGUACUCCAGCUCGUCUCAUUGCCCCUGCUUCCUGAGAGCCCACGCUACCUCCUCAUUGACUGUGGAGACACAGAGGCCUGCCUAGCCGCUCUGCAGCUGCUGCGGGGCACCCAGGAUGUGGCAGAGGAGAUGGAAGAGAUGGAGGAGGAGCGUGCUGCCUGCCAGGGCCGCCAGGCACGGCGCCCAUGGGAGUUGUUCCAGGACCGGGGCCUGAGGAGGCAAAUGACAAGCCUUGUGGUGCUGGGCAGUGCCAUGGAGCUCUGUGGGAAUGACUCGGUGUAUGCCUAUGCCUCCUCAGUGUUCCGGGAGGCAGGAGUGCCUGAAGAGAAAAUCCAGUAUGCCAUCAUUGGAACUGGGAGCUGUGAGCUGUUUGCAACUUUUGUUAGCUGCGUGGUGAUUGAAAGGGUGGGUCGGAAGAUGCUGCUGGUAGGGGGAUACUCUCUGAUGACCUGCUGGGCCAGCAUCUUCACAGCUGCGCUGUGUCUGAAGAGCUCCUUCCCCUGGAUGCCCUAUCUGGCCAUGUCCUGUGUCUUUGCUUUCAUCCUCAGCUUUGGCAUCGGCCCUGCUGGAGUAACGGGAAUCCUGGCCACAGAGCUGUUUGACCAGACAGCCCGACCUGCUGCUUACAUGGUCUGUGGGGCCCUGAUGUGGACCAUGCUCUUCCUGGUUGGAAUUGGGCUCCCCUUUGUCAUGGAGAGCCUGUCCCACUUCCUCUUUGUUCCUUUCCUCUGUAUCUGCGUCUGUGGAGCCAUCUACGCUGGAUUGUUCCUCCCUGAGACCAAAGGCAAGACAUUCCUGGAGAUCUCUGAGGAAUUACACAGACUCAGCUUGCCCGUGCGGGCCCAGGGCCCCACAAGGAGCAGCAGGGAGGUCAUCCAGUCCACAGAGCUAUAG